AUGCUUCAAGUUCCAGUGCGGGAGCACACCAACGUGGCCUCCACCAAGGCUGUGAUCUUGGUCGGAGGUCCGUCUAGAGGAACGCGCUUCAGGCCUCUGUCCCUUGACAUGCCCAAGCCCCUCUUUGAAGUCGCCGGUCAUCCUAUUAUCCACCAUUGCCUGAAAGCGCUUGCCAAGAUCCCCGAUAUUCGUGAGGUCAUCCUCGUCGGCUACUACGAUGAAUCCGUCUUCCGCGACUUCAUUAAGGACUCCGCCAAGGAGUUCCCUCAGUUCAAGAUGCAAUACUUGCGUGAAUACACGGCUCUGGGCACCGCUGGCGGUCUCUACCAUUUCCGCGAUGCCAUCCUGAAGGGCAAGCCCGAGCGCAUCUUCGUCCUCAACGCUGACGUCUGCUGCUCCUUCCCCCUUGGCGAGAUGCUCAAGCUGUUCGAGGAGAAGGAUGCGGAGGCCGUCAUCCUCGGAACAAGAGUUAACAACGAUGCCGCCACCAACUUCGGUUGCAUUGUUUCCGAUUCCCAUACCAGACGGGUUCUGCACUACGUUGAGAAGCCUGAGUCGCACAUCUCCAACCUCAUCAACUGCGGUGUCUACCUCUUCGCCACCGAGUGCAUUUUCCCCUCCAUCCGCAGUGCUAUCAAGCGCCGUACCACCCGCCCUCGCCUGCUGUCAUACCCUUCGUCCGAGAACUUGGAGUCCUCUUUCAUCGCAGCGGAGGACGAGGCAGAGAAGAGCGAGGUCCUUCGUCUGGAACAGGAUAUCCUCUCCGAUCUGGCCGACAGCAACCGUUUCUUCGUCCACGAGACGAAAGAUUUCUGGCGCCAGAUUAAGACGGCCGGUUCCGCCGUGCCCGCCAACGCCCUUUACCUCCAGAAGGCCUUCCAGGCCGGAUCUGACGAACUGACCCCUCCUUCCGCUGCCAUCGUGCCCCCAGUCUACAUCCACCCCUCCGCAACAGUGGACCCGACAGCGAAGUUGGGUCCCAACGUUUCCAUUGGACCCCGUGUGGUCGUGGGCGCAGGCGCUCGUAUCAAGGACUCGAUCGUGUUGGAAGACGCCGAAAUCAAGCACGAUGCAUGCGUGAUGCACUCGAUCAUCGGCUGGAGCAGCCGCGUUGGUGCCUGGGCCCGUGUUGAGGGUACCCCGAUCCCCACGGGCAGCCACUCGACCAGCAUUGUCAAGCACGGCAUCAAGGUCCAAAGCAUCACCAUCCUGGGCAAGGAGUGUGCCGUGGGUGACGAGGUACGGGUACAGAACUGUGUGUGCCUGCCGUUUAAGGAAUUGAAGCGCGACGUCGCCAACGAGGUUAUCAUGUAA